CGACAUUGCUGAAGAGAUUCGGGAACGACCCCUUUCGAAUCUAACUAGAGAAAGUCUUUCCCAUCGUUCUCCUAAAUCGACGAACGGGACAUUGCUCGCAAGGUUUUGGUACGAUAGAAGGAUCGCCACCACGCGACGGAGGAGGGGUACCAAUUCCGGAACACAUUCCAUAGCCCACUUUAGGAAGACGUGCGUCCGCUUCCACUUGCCUUAGCCGCAGAAUGAACGACAACAGCGAAGGACACCACAAGCGUCGCAAUAAGGGUACCACGGGAUCCCUUCUGUCAAUCUUACAACGAUCGACCUUGCCGUUGGCGAACUCUUUCUCCCGUGGCAAGGGAGGCGUUCGCAAAAGUACCAAGCCGCUGCUGCCGACCUCAUCGUCGGCAGGGACGCACUCUCCCAAAGGCGGCGGAAGCACGAAGAGCAGCAACAACAGCCACAGCGCUAGCAGUAAUCACACGAUUGAAUUGUAUAGUGUCCGUGAUCGACAUGAUUCGACAGGAAAACGCGCGUUUAAAGUUCAAAUGCCCCGACGGCUAUUGUACUACACACUGGGAGUCUUUUUGGUUCUCCCGGUAUUCAUCUUUAUAUGGAAGGAAUUUCACCUGCACCCUGCGCCGCACAACGACUCCGUUAUGGUCAAAGAAAGUUGGACGGCGGGUCGCCAUGUUGGGCAUGAGCGGUUCGCAAACUGGAUGGAAUCGGCGGCUUUGCCGGAUCCAAAUGCGUACGACAGCAACAAUGUUACCGUUACGUCGGAAUCUCGAGAGGACGAGAUUGCGGCACCUGCCCAGAAGGGAUCAACCGACACGAAUCCUGCGCUUGACGCAAAUCAGAAUACGAAGGAAAAGUCGGCGCCAACAUCUGACUCUCUCCUCCCGGCCAAGACGGCAUCAGCGGACCAGACUAAAGUACUUUUACAGGAUGCUGUGGCGCUGAAUGGCAGCUCCGACCCAAAAAAAUCCACGACAGCAUUAACUGCAAAUGAAAAUUUAGGGAUAACGCAACAAGGUCUAUCAAAUGAAGCUGGACGUCAAAGCCACGAGCAGCACGGAAGAUCACGAGACGAACAAUAA